CGUGCAGUUUAGCCUCUGUUUUACUUCCUCCUUCUUUAGCAUGUUGUUAGCAGAGCUACAAGCUAUGUGGCGCUGACCUUAGUGAAGAAGAGGAGAAAGAAAAUGUGGCGGUUUUCGCUUAGAUCACAUGCAGAAGUGAUUGAGUAAAUAUGACAAAGAUGUUGGCAUUUCAAACGCUUCGUGUCGUUUCCCUGGAAAUCCUUGGUUCGCCAUGUAACUUGUUGGCAAACAAUGUUUACUCCAUAACUAAGAGAUGCAGCCUCAUAAGUCUGCAAAGCCAAAUCUUAAGACCGCUCAGCUCCCACCAACAUAACCCAAAGGUCCCAAAAGUGCCAACAUGGGAGCCUGUACCAGAAGAGCAGCUUCCUCAGCCCACCAAGAUCCCUGCUGACCUGGUGGACAAGCUGGAGCGGCUGGCCUUGGUGGAUUUCCGGACCAAGCAGGGGCUGGAGUGCCUGGAGAAAGCCAUUCGUUUCGCUGAUCAGCUUCACGUUGUUGACACGUCUGGGGUCGAGCCGAUGGAUUCAGUUCUGGAGGACAGUGCUUUAUAUCUGAGGGACGACACAGUGACAGAGGGUGACUGCGCAGAGGAGCUGCUUAAGCUCGCAAAAGACACAGUGGAAGAAUAUUUUGUUGCACCACCAGGAAACAUUCCUCUGCCUAAAAGGGAGGAGAGGGCUGCCAUCCUCAGACACUCGGAAUUCUGAUGACUUGAUUGUGAAUAAUUUAUUGCUUUUUUUUUUUUAUAUAGAAAAUUGUACGUGUCUGCCUUACGCUCCUCAGUCACAUGUCUUGGUUGAAACUGCAUGGCAGACGUUCAUAAUUGUCUUUACUGCAGUUUAUCUGCAGCCAUAAACAAUAUGGGAGAAACUGGGAGAUGUGCAGCUGAUUUUAUUGGCUCAACUUCUGCUAAAAUUGCAAUUUUCCUGUUGUUGACCAACAUGUUCGGGUUUCAGUAUCAUUUCACAUGAAGUUGACGUCACAUAUUGACGGCAACUUCAAAGUAAUGGAGGAUGCAUGACUUUGCAUCCUCCAGCUGUGAGGAUGCAAAGUAAUGACAGGACAGAUAGUAAGUACAUCGCACAGUGAAUAUAUGUUAUGUUUUCUUAUGUUGGUUUACAUAACAUUUUCAUCAAAAUCUGACCUAAGAUUCUUCAAUUGUUUGAAGCUCUUAUAAAUAUGCCUGUAAAUAUUGAUUUUACAUUAAAGGAAUAAAAAUUUAAAA